AUCAGAGCUUUGGAACUGGAUCCCAACCUGUUCAGGGUGGGUCAGAGUAAAGUCUUCUUCAGAGCUGGAGUUCUGGCUCACCUGGAGGAGGAGAGAGACCUGAAGAUCACAGACACCAUUAUACACUUCCAGAGUGCUGCCAGGGGAUUUCUUGCACGCAAAGCCUUUUUGAAGAAGCAGCAGCAGCUGAGCGCUCUGAGGGUGAUGCAGAGGAACUGUUACGCUUACCUCAAACUCAGGAACUGGCAGUGGUGGCGGCUGUUCACUAAGGUGAAGCCGUUGCUGCAGGUGACUCGACAGGAUGAGGAGAUUCAGGCCAGAGAGUCUGCGCUUCUGAAGGCCAGCGAGAAACUCAGCAAAGUAGAGCAAGAAUACAUCGACCUGGACAAGAAACACGCUCAACUGAUCGAAGAGAAGGCGGUGCUGACCGACCAGCUGCAGGCAGAGGCCGAGCUGUUCGCAGAGGCCGAGGAGAUGCGGGCCAGUCUGGCCAACAGGAAGCAGGAGCUGGAAGAAGUUCUGAGCGAGAUGGAGAGCCGACUGGUGGAGGAGGAGGAGAGGGGCACGCAGCUGGCCAACGACAAGAAGAGAAUGCAGCAGAACAUACAAGACCUUGAGGAGCAGCUAGAGGAGGAAGAAAGUGCCAAACAGCGCCUCCUGCUGGAGAAGGUUAGCUUGGAGACCAAAGUGAAGAGUCUGGAGGCUGAACUCCUGACGGCUGUGGAACAGAGAGACCGACUCUCCAAGGAAAAAAAGCUGCUGGAGGAGCAUCUGAGUGAGGUGACGGAUCAACUGACUGAGGAGGAAGAGAAGACUAAAAGCCUCAAUAAACUUAAGAACAAGCAGGAGGCCGUCAUCGCUGACCUAGAGGAGCGUCUGAAGCGUGAGGAGCAGGGUCGCUUAGAGCAGGAGAAGUGGAAGAGGAGGAUGGAGAACGAGUCGCUGGAGGCUCAGGAGCAGCUGUCGGACCUGGGCAUGCUGUCUGCCGAGCUGAGGGGAACUCUGGCUCAAAAGGAGAAGGAAAUCACCACCCUGCAGGGCCGACUGGAGGAAGAAGGUGCCCGCCGUGCUGAAGCACAGAGGGCUCUGAGGGAGGCCUCGUCUCAAGUGUCUGAGCUGAAGGAGGAGGUGGAGAAUGAACGAGGGAUGAGAGAAAGAGCAGAGAAACAGAAACGAGACCUUGGAGAGGAGUUGGAAGCUCUCAGAACUGAGCUGGAGGACACCCUCGACACCACGGCUGCACAGCAAGAGCUAAGGUCCCGUCGGGAAGCUGAGCUGAAUGACCUGCAGCGAGCUGUGGAAGAGGAGACUCGCCGACACGAAGCCCAACUAUCAGAGCUCAGAGUGAAACACAGCACUGCAAUAGACAACCUCCAGGAGCAGCUGGACAACAGCAAGAGAGCUCGCCAGUCUCUGGAAAAGGCCAAAGCCAUGCUGGAGGAAGAGAGGCAGAAUCUGACCGAUGAAAUCAAAAGCCUCCAGGCGAGCCGCACGGACAGCGAGAGGGGCCGCAAACGAGCAGAGAGCCAGCUGCAGGAGCUGAACGCCCGCCUGUCUCAGGCUGACAGGGAGAGGGAGGACAGGGAGGAGCGAGUUCACAAGCUGCAGUGUGAAAUCGAGUCUCUCUCCAGCAGUUUAUCUUCCUCCGACAGCAAAUCUCUUCGACUCGCUAAAGAAGCAAACAGCCUGGAGAGUCAGUUACACGAUGCAAAGGAACUGCUGCAAGACGAGACUCGUCAGAAGAUGGCUCUGGCCUCCAGGGUGCGAGCUCUGGAGGAGGAGAAGAACGGCCUGAUGGAAAGGCUGGAAGAGGAGGAGGAGCGAACUAAAGAGAUGGCCCGUCAGAUCCAAACGCUCACCCAGCAGCUCGCGGAGCUCCGUAAGCAGUCGGAGGAGGUGAGCACGGCGGUGGAAGCCGGAGAGGAGGUGCGCAGGAAGCUGCAGAGAGAGCUGGACAGCACCAUUCAAAAAGAGCGACAAAAGGAGGAGGAGAAGGAGCGCGUGGAGAGGCAGAGGGAGCGGCUGCGGGAGGAGUUGGAGGACUUGACUAUCGCCCUGCAGAGGGAGAGGCAGAACUGCACGGCACUGGAAAAGAGGCAGAAGAAAUUCGACCAGUCUCUGGCAGAGGAGAAGGCGGUGAGCGCUCGUCUGGCUGAGGAGAAGGACAAAGCAGAAGCAGACAGCCGAGAGAAGGAAACAAGAUGUCUGUCCCUGUCUCGAUCCCUGCAGGAGGUCCAGGACCAGCGAGAUGAGCUGGAGAGGAUCAACAAGCAGCUCCGUCUGGAGAUGGAGCAGCUCGUAAACCAGCAGGAUGAUGUUGGCAAAAAUGUGCACGAGCUCGAACGGACCCGCAGGGCUCUAGAGGCAGAAGCUCAGAGCUUGAGAUCUCAGACGCAGGAGCUGGAGGAGGAGCUGACGGAGGCGGAGGACUCCAGGCUGAGGCUGGAGGUCACCCUGCAGGCGCUCAAAGCCCAGUUCGAGAGGGAGCUCAGCACCAGCGAGGAGAAGGGAGAAGAGAAGAGGAGAGCCCUCAGCAAGCAGGUGAGAGAGCUGGAGAUCCAAUUGGAGGAGGAGAGGACUCAGCGCUCUCAGGCCGCCUCAUCCAAGAAGCAGCUGGAAGCAGAGCUCCAAGAAUCUGAGGCCCAUUUGGAGGCAGCCACUCGUGGUAAAGAGGAGGCCGUCAAGCAUCUACGGAGGCUGCAGAGUCAAAUGAAGGAAGUUCUCCGUGAAUUAGAUGAGACCAAGUUAUCUCGAGAGGAGGCGAUUUCACAUCUGAAAGACGGCGAGAAGAAAAUACAAACACUAGAAGCAGAAGUGCUGCAUCUCACUGAGGAGUUGGCCGUAUCAGAGAGGCAGAAAAAGCAGGCUCAGCAGGAGAGAGAUGAGUUGUCAGAGGAGAUGGUGAACAACAGCUCUGGAAAGAACGUGCUCUUUGAAGAGAAGCGGCGGUUAGAGUCUCGAAUCACACAGCUGGAGGAGGAGCUGGAGGAGGAGCAGACCAACAUUGAGCUGCUGACAGAGAGACACAGGAAGGCAGCUCUACAGGUGGAGACCCUGACUGUGCAGCUGCAGGGGGAGCGGACUCUGGCCCAGAAGGCCGAGGUGUCUCGAGAGCAGCUGGAGAGGCAGAACAAGGAGCUGAAGACCAGGCUGGAGGAGCUGGAGGGAACGGUCCGAGGCAAACACAAGCUCAGUGUCGCCGCCCUGGAGGCUAAGAUCGAGUCAAUGGAGGAGCAGCUGGAGCAAGAGAGACAAGAAAGAGCCAUUGCCAACAAGCUGGUGAGGAAGGCUGAGAAGAAACUAAAGGAGACGAUGAUGCAGGCAGAGGACGAGAGGAGACAUGCAGACCAGUACAGAGAACAGCUGGAUAAGUCGAUGGUGCGACUGAAGCAGCUGAAGAGGCAGCUGGAGGAGGUGGAGGAGGAGAACUCUCGCAUCAACGCCCUGAAGAGGAAGCUGCAGAGGGAGAUGGAGGAGCUCAGCGACAGCAGCCAGAGCAUGAACCGGGAGAUCACCUCGCUCCGCACCCAGCUCAGGCGCGCUCCGCUGCCCCUGGCGCUGCGUGGACGCAGAGCCCUGGUCGACGACCUCUCCCUGGACAACUCCGACUCGGAGGACCCCCCUGCUUCCCCCACCCCCUCCUCUGGACUCUCACAGACUCCUUCCUCAGACCAGAGCCUGGACCCUCCGCCGCCCUACAGCGUCAACAACACCGAGUGAGGCGGAACGCCGCCUCGCUCUCUGAGGGGCGGAGGAGCGACGCAACACUAACGUUUUAAAUCAAACAGAAUCUGAGGCGACACGUAUGACAGGUGCUAUAACAAUGAAACAACCUCCUAAUGUGAUGCUCCGUUUUCCCUUCAACAAACACAGAAAACAUAAACAUUAACGUUACAAGGUGAUAGGCUUUUAUUUUGAAAUACAACAAAGACUGACAGUUUUUACAUUACGCCUCUUUAAAGCUAACAAAGUGGGAAAACAAGCACGUUUUAAGGUGAAAGGGAUUUAUUAUUAGCGUACAUAAUAAACAUCUUAUUAUAAAACUAAGCCAUGUUUGAGGGUAAAUUACGACAAUCUAGUGAGCAUUUAUGUCACAUGAAAUAACAGGAAGAGAAGAAAAAUUAACUUUGUGUGCUGGAAGUCAUUUUCUGAGUUAGCGUAACACAAACAGCAGUUAUUUAGCAAUAUUUGAUCCAACCUGUGUUUGAAUAAUUGGUCACUAGAAACACUAAGAGGUGAACUCUCAGACGCUCCACUUUAUUCUGUUUUUAGAUAAAUACGUUCGUAGACGACUUAGCAAUAGUUUCUUCAACUUAACUCUUUACAUAUUCGUAAAUUUGUAUCAUUUAUAUCCAACGUGAACCUAAGUUAUUGAGUCAGUCUCGCAGGGGGAAGAGGGCGAAUCGUAUCGUUUCUAUUCCCGCUGGAACUGAUGUUACAUUCAUGGACGGCUCGGAUUUGAUGGCGUCGGGCUUCAGAGGUGAAUUUGCAUGAGAGGUUUCUUGAAAAGUCGCUGCUGUCCACGAGAAAAAUGAAAAAAACAAAAAAAAAAAAACAAAUGUAUGCUUUUAUAGAUUGUCUAAGACAGCAAGAUAACUAGAAACAACCGAGGAAGGGUCCUAAUAAUUCCUCUAAAUCUGU